AUGGCGUCCUUUGCGGCAGCAUGCCGAGCGUCUGCCCGCCUUUCCAGCACCCGGGUUGUCGCUCGUAACUUCACCACAUCUUCGCGAUGCCUCGCCGCCCAGAACUUCACGAUGCCGGCCCUCUCGCCAACCAUGACCGAGGGGAAUAUCGCCAGCUGGAAGGUUAAGGAUGGGGAGACUUUCAGCGCCGGCGACGUGCUGCUGGAGAUUGAGACCGACAAGGCUACCAUGGAUGUCGAGGCCCAGGACGACGGUGUCAUGGUCAAGAUCAUGACCCAGGAUGGUAGCAAGGCCGUGCAGGUCGGCUCCCGCAUCGCCGUCAUCGCCGAAGCUGGCGACGACGUCAACAGCGUCGAGAUUCCCGCCGCCCCCGUCGGGGCUCCCAAGGAGACCCCCGCCGCACCCUCCGCCAGCGAGUCGAAGCCUACCGAGACCAAGACCGCCCCCAAGCCCGUGGCCAACGGUACCUACGAGCACAACUACCCUCUGCUGCCCUCGGUCGGACACCUGAUCAAGGAGAAGGGCAUCAGCAAGGACGACGUCACCAAGAUCAAGGGCACCGGUCCCAACGGCCGCCUACUCAAGGGCGACGUUCUGGCGUAUCUGGGAUCUAUCAACGCCGAGACCCCCGCCGCCAUCGAGACCCGUUUCAACGCCCUCUCCCACCUCGACCUCAGCAAUAUCAAGAUCGCCGAGAAGAAGGCUCCCGCCCCCAAGGAGACCCCCAAGGAGGCUGCCCCUGCCCCCAAGGCCCCUGUUAUCGAGAACCUCGAGGUUUCCGUUCCCGUCUCGCUCGCCAAGGUCGUCGAGGUCCAGAAGAAGAUCCAGGACAAGCUCGGCGUCUUUCUGCCCAUCUCCACCUUCGUAGGCCGUGCCGCUGAGGUGGCCAACGAUGACCUCCCCCAGGCCCCUCGCGCCCCGACCGCCAACGAGCUGUUCGACCAGGUCCUCGGCCUCGACAAGGUCAAGGCUGCUAAGGGCUCCCGCGGCGUCUACCUGCCUCAGAUCUCCGCCAUCCCCCCCGCCUCCCUGCUCGCCCCCCGAUCUGCGCCUCAGAAGGCCGACAUCAUCGAUAUCCUUGCUGCCUCCAGCAAGAAGUCUGCACCGCAACCCGCUGGUAUCCGCACCGUCCCCGGCUUAUCGAGCGGCGCCAACGUCUUCUCCCUGGUGGUUCCCAAGGCUGAGGAAGAGCGUGCUCAGAUCUUCCUUGAGCGCUGCAAGGUGAUUCUGGAAGGGGAGCCUGGACGGCUGGUGCUGUGA